AGUAUGUUCGCGAUCUUCGGCAUGUUGAGACGAAAUCUCCGGGAGACGUUCAUCUCAGCUCUUGUCUUGCGUGGUAUCCGUGUCGUAAAACCGUGAACAUCUUCCGUGCUGAAGCAUAUUCAACCGUGAAGAAAUUAAGUUUACUUUUAAUUUCCCCAAACCCGCCCUCAAUUGAGGGCUUCAAUUGCAUGUGCGAAGUGGUUGUUAGGAGGAUAAAAUUAUACCACGAGAUCAUUAUCAGGAAGGAGUGGAAAAAUUGUGUGUGUACACUUCAAAUCCCAGAGUGGUCAGAAGAAUGUUAAAUAUAUCACUGGGAAGUGUUGUGCAAUUUUAAUUUAUGAUUUUUAUGUCCGGACUGCACUUAUCCAUAUCCGGAUUUUGAGGAUUAAUGUGCAUUCAUUUACAUUCAACACAAAUUGUGGUUACAUUUUCUCUGCAUUGAGUGGAUUUUCACCGCCAAAGAGCCUCAUAAAAAAAGAACUGCUCUCUAAAUCAAUGUCAAUAUUGAUGGAUCUGAUAGGCAGAGAAAGAUGACCUGGCAAACGAAAAUUAUAGAGUGUCAAAGGAAUGUGAGAGUAUUUCUGGGGACAUGUCUCAAGCAUUACUAACUGACAGAAAAUUAGUCAACAUUGUAGGGGGGACAAGUGUGAAAUGAAGUGUUAUGUGCAUUAAUGUACAAAAAAAAAUGUGGCGUCUUCGUGUAUAUUCUUUCACGGUUUUUAUUUAAUGUAUUCCCAUUGGUAUUUUUUAACGAAGAUGAUGAAUUGAGAGAAUCACCAAAAAACUCGCACAAAUGAGAGGUAUAAUUAUGGAAAAAUAUUCAAUCGACUUUGUACUGAACUGAAUUGAAAUCAAUUUGAGAAGAAAUACAGCAACAACAAAAAAAUUUUGAAGAAUUGGAAGUCAUCAUACAUAUCUUAUAAAAUUUUAACACCAAAGAAAUAGUGCUAUUGUAGUGCUCGUCAUAUCACAUUCCAUUGAGAAUUCUCGCUUAAUAUAACUUGGGCCAUAAAUCUUCCGCAGAAAUAUAAAGUUUUCCACAGUGUGUGCAACUUGUGUAAUAAUUUCAAUAUUAAUAUUCUAAUGACAGUGAAAAGAGCUGAAGUUUUCAUAGAAAAAAAUUCGUGUGUGGUUGUAAAUUAAAAUUCGAUUCCCCCAAAAUGACUUUCUCACUCCACCAUGGCAGUUUUAGUCUCAAACUGUGGCGGAAUACCUUCCAAUCCAGAAAUUUAUUCCGCAUCUGGUGGUUACUCUGUUGGUGUUGUUCAAUCAAUUCAUGGAAUCAGAUUGUCGUCAAUGCAGCGUACUCCGAGGCAGAUGAUCUUAUAAAUGAAUUGGACAGACCAAUUCCCAUAACAUCGGUCCAAGGGGUGUUGGCCAAACAAGCAAUGCUGCCCUGUGACAUAACACCAAUGGAGAGGGAUGAUGCAGUUUACAUGGUGCUGUGGUUCAAGGAGGGUGAUGGAGAGCCACUGUACAGUUUCGAUGUGAGAGGUCGACAGUUCGGACAAGCAAAACUUUGGUCAUCGCCGACAGCGUUUGGCGCAAGAGCAUUUUUUCGAACUGCCUCGCAUCCGGCUCAGCUUUUAGUAGAUGACAUCAAACUUUCAGAUGAGGGAAUGUACAGAUGUCGAGUGGACUUUCGUAACUCACCAACGAGGAACUUAAAGAUAAAUUUCACAGUUAUUGAACCACCGGACAGACCUAUUAUUUAUGAUGCCCGCAGAAUGGAUCGCACAAAGCUCAUAGAGCCGUACAAUGAAGGCAGCGAUGUUACACUCAUUUGUGAAGUAUCCGGAGGACGACCACGACCCAAUGUUACAUGGUAUUUGGACAAUACCGUCAUUGAUGAAUCGUUUGAACAUCGACCGGACGGUGUCACCGUAAAUCACUUAUCAUACCCAAACAUCGGAAGACAGCAUUUGAAUGCACGACUUGUUUGUGUGGCCAGCAAUACAAAUUUGACGCCCCCUAACAAUAAAGUGGUCAUAUUGGAUGUAAAUCUAAAACCCGUUGCUGUGCACAUACUCACAAAGGAAAGGGUCGUAUCGGCCGAGAGACGAUACGAUGUGGAAUGCAAGAGUUCCGGAUCCCGACCGGAAGCUGUGAUCACAUGGUGGAAGGGCACUCGUCAAAUAAAGCGCAUGUCGAAAAACUUCUCUGAAACUGGUAAUCAGUCACUGAGUGUGCUCACAUUUACACCAACCGUUGAUGACGAUGGCAAGUACUUGACAUGUCGAGCAGAGAACCCUUUUAUAGCUGAUAGUGCACUUGAAGAUAAAUGGAGACUUGUUGUUCACUACAUGCCAGUUGUAACCUUAAAAAUGGGCUCCUCUCUAAAUCCCGAUGACAUAAAGGAGGGUGAUGAUGUGUAUUUUGAGUGUGACAUCCGGUCCAAUCCUAAGCCCUACAAAAUGGCCUGGUUUCAUGAUGGCAACGAGCUUCAUCAUAAUGUCGGCAAUGGUGUUAUACUAUCUGAUCAGUCUCUAGUGCUUCAGAGUGUCUCGAGAAGUUCAGCCGGUGAUUAUACUUGCUUGGCAGCCAACAUCGAAGGAAAGGGAACCAGCAAUCCUGUUACGCUGAGAGUUAGAUAUGCCCCGAUCUGUGCGGUGGAGCAUGAAGAACUUCUAGGUGCUCUGAAGCAUGAAACACUGACACUCAAGUGUGAAGUUGAUGCAUCACCACCAGCUGAAUCAUUUCACUGGACAUUCAAUUCGUCUGGGGAACAAACAGAGCUUCCAUCUCGUCUACAUUCUAGCGAGACGGGACUAUCACGCCUCAACUAUACUCCAACGUCAGAUUUGGACUACGGGACCAUUUCGUGCUGGGGUCGAAAUGCCAUUGGGGUGCAGAAAACACCGUGUGUCUUUCAAAUAAUUGCAGCAGGUCGACCAUUUUCCUUGCAGAACUGUACUGUUUCCAACCAGUCAUCGGAUUCUCUUCAUGUUGAGUGCGUGGAGGGUUUUGACGGUGGUCUACCGCAAGGGUUUCUCCUCGAGCUGGUUGAAAUGCCUGCACUCCGUUUAGCAAGAAAUUUGAGUUUAGCGCGCCCACCUGUCUCUUUCUUCAUCGAUAACCUAGAACCAGGUAGCUCAUAUCGCAUAAUAUUGUUUGCUGUGAAUCCAAAGGGACGCUCAGAGCCUACAAUUAUCGACGAUAUCAAUUUCAAAGGAGUGGCAAAAUUCACUGGUCCAUCAAGUGUCAGUGUGCAAUUAUCUCCCGUCUUAGCUGGUUUAGCCCUAAUAGCUGCCAUACUUUUUACUGUAGUCUUUUGUGUCAUAAUUGCUCUAUAUCGCCGCAAUUACAGCAAGAAUUCGGCGGUAGAUCUGAAAUCAGCCAAACAUUUACAACUUCCGGUUACGCAAACGGUAGACUGUCAAAUUGAAUUGCCACCGCAUGCAAGAACAGGCAGUGCCACAGUAACACCACUGGUUGGGUGUGAAGCCCUGCACUCCAAUCCACAAAUACCAGCAGAGCCUCCCGAUGGAGAUGACACUGAUCCUGAUGUUAUACCUAAUCAAUAUGAGAGACGUCCACUUAAAAACUCCAUGCAGAAUCCCCUUUUUCGGAGUCCUUCAACGCGACUCAUUCAGCGUGAUUCUCUGGAUGAUGACCGUAUAGGAGACGGUGCUAGUUUAGUGUCUGUGAAUGGUGGCUCGAGUAGUGACAUCCAUCACUACACGUUUAAGCCUAGUAAACAAAUUAGUUAUGCAACAUUAGGUAGAGUAAAUAAGAAUUCUACGAGUUGUAGCCCCAUGGGACAGGCUCUUCCGCUGCCACUUGGUGUUGGAUUGCUGAGUCCAAAUCAAUCUCAUGUGACAUCAUCACUGAAUGAGUACAGGUUUCGACCAGAAGUUGUCACAACAUCAAAUCGAAUACAGGAAAGUUGUAUAUAAAAAAAAAUAUACUCAAUUUGAUAUAAUGUGAAGUGAAAGUCUGUUUAUAGUGCUUAAAUAAAUAAUAAUAGGAAAUUGGUUGAAAAGGAAUAUCAUGUUGAAUUGUGCUGAAAUGUUAGAUGAAGGCUUGAUGAAAAGUGACUAGAGGGGUGAAAAUUGGUCUAAUGACGGACAAACCCAGUGGACAAUAAAUUUUUAAUGUUUCCCCAUUUGUAUCAAAAUCUCUCAAUUAUCCCAUAUACAUGCACAUGUUAAAGAGGGAGCAAUAAUUAAGAUAAAACAUUCAUACAGAACAACAUAAUCACAUGACAAAGCUCUCUACGCAAACAUAUCACUACAUUCGGCUGAGAGAUGACACAAACCAGUGAUAAACCUAUAUCAGUUUAUGAUGGAUGAGAUUCUUAUUGAUAUCCUACUAAAAAUUCUGUUUUCAACUGGAACUGAAGGACCCAAUUGGAAUUAUUUCUACAAUUUGUAAAAAAAAAACAAAA